GAGCUAAGCCAGAAAGCCAGGCUCUCGAUUUACCGGUCGAUCUACGUCCCAAUCCUCACCUAUGGUCAUGAGCUUUGGGUAAUGACCGAAAGAACGAGAUCGCGGAUACAAGCGGCCGAAAUGAGUUUCCUCCGUAGGGUGGCCGGGCUCAGCCUUAGAGAUAGAGUGAGGAGCUCGGACAUUCGGGAGGGACUCGGAGUAGAACCGCUGCUCCUCCGGAUCGAAAGGAGUCAGUUGAGGUGGUUUGGGCAUCUGGUCAGGAUGCCUCCUGGACGCCUCCCUGGGGAGGUGUUUCGGGCAUGUCCUGCCGGCAGGAGGCCCCCGGGUCGACCCAGGACAUGUUGGAGAGGUUACAUCUCCAAUCUGGUCUGGGAACGCCUUGGGGUCCUGCUGGAGGAGCUGGUGGAGGUGGCCAGGGAGAGGAAGGUCUGGAGCUCCCUAGUUGGGAUGCUGCCCCCGCGACACGGACCCGGAUAAGCGGAGGAAUACGAUGACGACGAAAUUUACAAAAUGAAAUCUAUCACACAGGUAUGAUUUAAACCAGCCUAGCGCUGUUCCUUUGAUCUCUACAACAUGUUCAAUCCUUUCUAAAAGAAAAUUGUGAUCAACUGUGUCAAAGGCAGCACUGAGAUCUAACAAGACUAGAACAGACACAAGAUCCUUAUCUGAGGCCAUGAGAAUAUCAUUUGUAACUCUCACUAAUUCAAUUUCAGAGCCGUGAUACCGUCUAAAACCAGACUGAAAUUCCUCCAACAGAUCAUUAGUGUUUAAAUGCUCACAUCCUUGGAUGGCCACUAUUUUCUCAAGGACUUUGGAUAAAAAUGGAAGGUUAGAUAUUGGUCUAUGCAGUUUAGAAGCAAAAAACUGUUAUUUUGGGGUUUAGUUACUCUUUAAAAUGAAGACUUUUACAUAAGCAGAUUCCCUUUUAGACCAGAGUGAAAAAUCUUUAGCAUGAAUUUACUAAAGCUUUUGAUUCAUUUCUGAAUUCAUCUUGAUGACAGACAGCAAACCUCAUUUAUUGUCACCUGAACUUAGCAGGAAAAGAAGUGUGACUGAGAAUCAACCUGCUGUUUCCUCCCACAGCAGUUUGUGCAUUACCUGGAACAAUGUUUGGUCAGCAGAGGGUCGUCACAUACCUCUGUCACAUAUAAAAGCGCUCAGCACAAACACUCAUCACACUCUGAGAGGACAAGUCAGUCAGCGAUGGAAACCUCUUCAGUCCUCCUUCUCUGCAUCCUGGUCACCUGCUCAGUCUGGACAGUCCAGGGGAGAAGCUUUGAGGUCAGCAUUAAUGAUGAGGAGCAGGUGGAUGCCUCUGGGGAAGCACAAAUUCCAGGAAUUUGUUGGGGAUGCAAGUGGGCUCUGAAGAAGGUGAAGAACGCCAUCGGACAAAACGCCACCUCAGAGAGCAUAAUAAAGAAGCUGAAGACUGUCUGUGAUCAAAUGGGACUCCUGAAAUCUAAGUGUCACAAGUUUGUGACCUCCCACCUGGGGGAGCUGGUGGAGGAGAUGACCACCACUGACGAUGUGAGGACGAUCUGCGUCAACACAGGGGCGUGCAAAGCAAAAGAUCAGGACCAGCCUUUCUCCUCUGACACCCUAUGGCCAUAAAUGGGGAGUCGAUAUAUCGAUAAUCAUUCUCAGAACCUGUCAAUGUCAUUAAAUGCUUCUUUGCUCUGA